AUGUGGGAACCUCCGAAGCGAGAUGGCACCCAGAAUCAGGAGUUGAGCACGGCCAGUGGGGAUUUGGAGAACACCCAGAAGGAGCUCAGCGCUGCGAAGGAGUAUUUCGAGAAGCUCAAGCCGGACUGCAUCGACAUUGGCCCUUCCUAUGCGGAACGCAAAGCACAAAGGGAGCAAGAGAUGCAGGAGUCCGGCGUUUUGAUCUCGUUCCAUGGCCGGGCCAUCGCGGAGUCCGCAGUAAGUCCGUGCCGAGUGAAAGACCAGGACCUCAGGGAAGCCUUGGAGAUGCCGCCCACGGGCGUCGACGUCGACGCCUUCCGCCGAAAAGAAGAGCGGACCGAGACGUCGGUCACCGUUUCGGUCGUGCGCCACGUGCGCCCACACGUCGGCGUUGUUCGUUCCCGGCGCAUGACCAAUCCGUGGGGUUUGGACGGGCCCAGCUUUCUUCAAGCUGAACGUUUGGUGGUUCUGGACAUGGCAAUACGCAUUCAUGCAAUCUCCAUUCCUCGAAGCAUGUCCCUGGACUUACGGACCGAUGGAGCAAAACGUGGGGAGUUUCGAGCCGAAGUCGCUGUGGAGUCCUGUGCCAAUGCGGGCUGGAAGGACCAACGAUUUGAGGGCCAAAUCGUGAAGUACUUGGUGGACAAAGGCUACGGCUUCAUCAGGUGUCAAGAGCUGCGGCAAAGUCGAUAUCCAGACCGAGAUAUCUUUCUGCAUCAAAAGCAGCUCGGGAACUUCAAAGAGGGCGACGCUGUGAGCUUCGGGAUCUUCCUGAAUCGGGAUGGCAAGCCUCAGGCCACUGAGCUCGCGUACCUGAAUGGCGGCGGCGAGCAGCAGUACCAGCAGCAGGGCCAGUACCCGCAGCAGUCGCAGCAGUACCAGCAGCAGUCGCAGCACCAGCAGUACCCUCAGGAGUACCAGCAGCAGCAGUACCAGCAGUACUCACAGCAGCAGUACCAGCAGGGUCAGUACCAGCAGUACUCGCAGGAGUACCAGUCGCAAGACCACUAUGGUAUGCAGGGCCAGGGUGGCGACCAGGCCAGCAUGGGCGAAUGGCCGCCACAGCCGCCUCAGGAGGAGGAGGGCACACAUGAAGUGGAAGUGCCAAAGGAUUUAGUGUCUCAGUUGGAGGGAGGUUCCGAGCCCAGUGACUGGAUGUCUUGUCUUUUUUGCAUGGAGGGAGCUGCAGAAGUGGACUCGAGAUGUUGUAGAUUUUGUAGGGUCUAG